UGAAUUUAUUAAUUUCUCGCAGUGAAGUCGUCAAUAUCAUACGGAAAACGAGCAAUAGUAAAUUUCUACAAAACAAAAAUGGCGAAAGUGUACGGUACUAGGGCUGCGACAAUUGGAUUAAUAAUAUUUCUAUUUAAUUACUACGGUAUUUGUGUUUCAUUAGAAUUUGAACAAAUUAACCAAUAUGAAACGUCAAAUUUAGCCACAAAUGUAGGUUCCUAUUCGAUAGUCAAAUUAAGAGAAAAACGAGAAACAGAUUCUAAAACGCAAUAUCAGAGUGUUUUGCAAGAUCCAAAUGGACCACUACCAGAUCAAUCGAAUAGUACAACAACAAGUGUUGACGUAAAACAAGAACCACCAGGCAAUGUUACUUUAUCAACAACACGGACACCAUCAAUUAUCAUCCCGAUGGUUGUUCAUCCCAAACAACUGCUUGGAGUCAAUGGCACAGGACAGCGAAAAGAUUUUUCAGAUAAAUUAACAACUAAACCACCGGUCGUCUCCGAACCAAUUCAGCUGGAUGCAACUAAAAAGCCUGCUUUAUUCCCCAAGAAAACUUUAUCAAGUGUUUCAGAAGAAUCGCCGGAUAAAUAUACUGAAAAUGUCGAUGUACCUGAAAAUGAGACUAUAAGCGAUCUUGAAAAUAGGCAAUAUACGGUCAAUCAAACUUCGGACCAUCAUAUAUAUUACAAUAGCACGAUUUAUGUAAGCAAGGAUCAAGCUGAUGCAUUUUGGAACUCUUUCAAAAAUAUAACCCCAAAUUCUAUGCUUUCGGCUUCACAUCGUAGAGCAAUGACGGUAGAACUCAAAUUCGACUUUCCAUUCUAUGGUAACCCAGUAAAAAAUGUAACUGUGGCAACAGGUGGUUUUCUUUACACUGGAGACUAUGUUCACUCGUGGUUAGCAGCGACCCAAUAUAUAGCACCAUUGAUGGCGAACUUUGAUACGAGUCUAUCUAAUGAUUCAUACGUGAGGUUUAAAGAUAAUGGCACAGCAUUUACAGUUAUAUGGGAAAAAGUUUCGUUGCAAGAUAAACAAGACGUUGGCACUUUUACUUUCAGUACAACAUUGCAUAAAAAUGGUGAUAUCGUUUUUACCUAUUACAACGUGCCAAUCCUAAUUAAUUCGAUUCAAGAUGACAAGCAUCCAGUUAAAGUUGGUUUAUCUGAUGCCUAUAUAAUUGACAAAAUUGUUUUCUUUGCAAGAAGAAAAACAAUCUAUGAGUAUCAUCGAGUAAAUUUUGGAAGCUCAGAUAUUACCAACUCGACAGUAAUUUACUUAAAAGCUCUUCCCACUUGUUUGUCUUAUACCGAUUGUGCAUCAUGCAUACAACAUCAAACAUCUUUUGAGUGUUCGUGGUGUCCAGUUUUGAAUAAAUGCUCAACAGGAACAGACAGAAAACGUCAAGAGUGGCUUCAUAAAGGUUGCGAUAGAGAUCCAAUAAAUGUUGUUAAUUUAUGUCCUGCUAUUGGACAAAAGGGAAAUAAUGCGGCCCAGAUUACAAAUCAAACAAUUAUUGACCAUGGUGAAAAUAAUCAUAAUGGUGAAUACUUUCCUGUCAAAACUAGCGAUGAGAACUCUGAGACUCAAUACACUUCUCAGUCCGAUUUCUCCGUGAACAAGGCUGCGGCAAAUUUCUCUUCGGCUGAUGGUGGAGAUGUACACAGUGUCGGUGUUGUACUAGGAUUUAUAGCUCCAAUUUGUUUGGUCAUGACUUUAUUGGUUUGGGUUCUAUACGCAUACCGCAACCCACAUACAAAGAGUGGUCAACUUUUGAUUCAGACCAAACAUCUUCAGUACCGGCCGAGUCAAUGGACAUGGAGACGAGGGGAAGCCAGAUAUACAGCAGCUACUAUACAUAUGUAAACUUGACAACAAAAAAUAAUUAACUAUUUGUAUGUUCUGUCGCUAUCAUGGAAUCCGGUAGUUCGGUCCGUAAAUAUUACCAGUAAACAAAUAUAUCCAGGGCGAUAAAGCAUUAUCCAAAUUAAGUCAAGUAUUCUACGAUACAUAUGAAAUAAUACUUUAUCGAUAAGUAGACAACUUUCUUAGGUAUGCUGAACAUUUCCGAAUUCCACGAUAAUGCCUUACUUCAGAAUUUGAAUUAAUGUUAAAAAUUCAAACAUCAAAAAUUAUUUGAAAGACACACAUUAAUUUUAAUCAAACUUUUUGAUUUCUUUGUUUAAAAUUUCACAAUUUUUAUGUUUCAAAAUAAAAAGAAUUCAGCUUGCCAGCCCUCCAUUAAAAUUUUAAAAUUAAUCAAAUCUAAGAAUCGGGCGUAUGGCAAACAUUAUUAAAUAAGAAAAAAUAGAUACAUAAGUAGAGAAAUAAGUUUUCAAAUAGGAAUUGUAUUUUUAAAAAUUAUUGUUUUAUUUGUAAAAUAUUUGUAGCCCUACUGCAUGUUUGUUUUAACUUUAAUUUUAUUGUUUUGUAUUUAAUUUUUUUUUGUGAUUUAAUAAAUUUAUGUAUUUUUUUAUUUAUGUACAUAACUAGUUUCAGUUUUAAAUAUAUACUAUCGUGGUUUUUAUUUAAAAACAAACAUUUUCAACCAUAUCAAUGCAUAUUAAAAGCAGCGUAUUUAAAUUUGCACCCUAUUGCCGUUGUCGUUCUAUUAAAUUGACAGAAAUAUGAGUCUAUAAGCGAAGGUAAUAUUUGAGAAAAUAUUGGAAAACACUAAAAACGUACUUACCAAGUUUGUAAUUUGUGUAGUAAGUCAAAAAAAAUUUACAAUAUUUUUAAUAUAGUACAAUAGUGGAGUAGUCUAGUAGAGUUAGAAAAGAAUGAAAUAAUACAAAUUGACUCAAUAAAGUUUGUUACACACAUUUUUUGAUAGAAAACUCAGUUUAAAUUAAUAAGAUUUCAAUUGAAUUUUGAGUAUGAAUAUGAAGGACUUAAAAAUCCAUAGAUUACAAUUUAAUUGAUGUUUUCAUUGAUCCUUAAUUUAAAUUCGAUAAACAAAUACAAAAGCUCAUUCGUUCAUGGGUUCAGUAGUAGUUAUGUACCAAAUCACUUAUUUCAUUAACCUCAUGAGGUUUAUGAAGCAACUGCCCUUUUAGUAGGGUUCUUUAAAACCUUUUAAAGUGGGCUAUGAAUUUCGAAAGAAAAAAUCACCUAAUUCUUAUAAAUAUCGGAGCCUCAAGCUUUGGUGCGAUUGGAGGGAUCUUGAACUUAGCAAUACUUAUCCGUCUACUUAAACUAUAUACGAUGUGUACUCAUAACUUAUAAAAAGUCUAUAGUUUUCAUUUCUAUUUGGGUAGAAGUGAACUUAAUCCAUUCUCAGUUUUCUAAACCGAUUUUAAUUUUAUAAAGUAGUUGUAUAGUCUACUUUUCAAAAACGGGUUUUUGAUGUAACUUGUUGGUGUCAAUCAGGAGUUUCGCGUACACAAGCAUUUUAAAGCACAGAUGGAUCCUAUAUUUGUAAAUUACAUACUAUCAGCUUAAAACUUACCGGCUAUUUAUACGCUCACGCUAGCUACAUAUUUGUGCUACAUAUACAUAUAUAUUUUGAAAUAUGUGUAUACAUAAUUUGUAUUAUAUAUAUAUAUAUAUUUUGAAUUAUAUAUAAUAAUCCAACGUAUGUUUGCUUGUAACUUCAAUGGAAUCUUGCUUCCCUAUACACGCGGACAUUAGUCUCUGUAGUACUCUUCCCUCGAACGUGGCUAAGAGGACAGUGAAUUUAAUCGAAUCCUAUUAUACAACUUAAAUUUGUGGUCGCCGGUUUGAUCUGGGUAAACAGGUCCAUGCUGUUUUCGAUAUGGUGUAUUGCUUUCUCUAACGCGAACAGAGAACAUUCCGUUAUUAGAUUGGUUUGUUACAUUGGUCAUAAUCGGGUUAACCUGUCAAUAAAUUUGGGAUGCUCUCGACAUCUAGUUAACAGCAUUGAAGACUUUACAUAUUUUGUAGUAAUAGUCUCAACAAAGUUGUGACACAUUUUAGUACCAAUACGUCUCUUUAUUCUUCCUUAACAACCCUUUUGGCAGCUCAAUUAUGUGUUUACUAUAAACUUUUAAUAUUAUAGUUGUACCUAUAUUAAGGUAUAAUCAUUUAUUAUUGAAGUAUAAAUACAUUUUUUGCAAUUUUUUUUUCUUUUUUAUAAUUAAAUUUCCUUAUCUAAUUUUAAUACCUUUCAACAUCUUCAUUAUUUCACGUUUGGAAAAUAUUGAGUAAAAAUAAAUUCAAUGUAUUUUUAUAUAUUUUACAUAUUUACGUAUUACUUAAAGAGAUAAUUAUUUUCAUAAUUGAAAAGAAAGAUUGACAGUGUGAGUUUUAAGCAAACGAUAUUUCAGUCAGAGAAUUUUAAUCGCUAGUCUGAAAAUCUAAAUUUUGUAGGCAUUUAUGCAUAUUUAUACAAAAAAGAACAAUCACCGAAAGACAAAUAAAUACUGUCAAGUGUUUCAGAAUUAUAUAUAUAUUUAUGAAAUGAUCAAUUAGUGAUUCCCGAGCCUUAUAUAAAAAAACGAAACCUUAUACAUAUAUGUAUAUACAUAAAAAAAAAAAAACGAAAAUCAAAUUAAAAUCUAAACAUUUUGUACUAAACUGUAAAAAUAAUAAUAUGUUUUUAAACAUUAAAAAAACUAAUUAAAAUUAGAAAAAUGAAUAUAUUUGUAAUAUCCACACAAAAAUACACCUACAUACACUAAUAUCUUUUAUUCCCUCCAUAAAACUAUUAAAAACUGUAUUUUAUUUAUUUUAACGCUACAUAAUCCUAUUAAUUUGAUAAACAUAGGUAUAUUAAAUAAUAAAAAAUAUGGUUAACAUUUUAAUUCUCCCUCAUAACUUUUUAUUAUUGGUGUAUAUGAAGGAAAUAUAUUAUAUUGAUGGAAAUAAGUUUGUAAACAGUUUUUGUGUUUUUCUUCAUUUCCAUAAUAUAUUUGGUAAUUUUGACCUGCCAACCGAUUGGAGUCAACUUGUUAUAAUUAUGUAAGUAUGUACAAAAUAACACAAGUGUGAAGUUGUUUGCAAAUCUUAUUUUUAAAUACGACACGCAUGUAAAUUGUUUCGUUCAAUUCAAUAAACGUAUGUACAUACGUACUUAUGUAGUAAUAAGAAAUACUCACGCCUAUUGAGGCAUUAUGUUUUAAUUCUAUUUAAAGUUCGAAACACAUUGAAAUUAAUCCUUAUGCUACACAAUAUAUUUGAUAUGUUUCUUGGCAUCUUUCAA